GCCCCGCGCCCCGCGACCUCGCCAGAUCUGUUUCGGAACCUGGGGCGCAAGGAGCUUUUCCUUUGUGUUCCAGCUCUGGCCGGCGGCGCGAGAACCACUUCCGGGUCGCACUGCCGGAAGCAGGAAGUUGUUGGCCCACCCUCCUCGCCCGGCGGCUGGUGUCCCCGAGGCGGGAGGAGCCCGAGAGGGCGCGGGCCCGCAUGGUUAAACCACUGUUAAGGGAUCAAGCUCAGCCUUCUGAACUUCCCUGCGAGGCAAGCUCCCUUCUGCCAGGCUGGACCCUCACUCUGGAGGGACUUCAUUUUGGAAGACAUGGAUCUUGCUGCUAAUGAGAUCAGCAUCUAUGACAAACUUUCAGAGACUGUUGAUUUGGUGAGACAGACAGGCCAUCAGUGUGGAAUGUCCGAGAAAGCAAUCGAAAAAUUUAUCAGACAGCUACUGGAAAAGAAUGAACCUCAAAGGGGACCACCCCAGUACCCUCUCCUUAUAGCCGUGUAUAAGGUCCUCCUAACUCUGGGAUUAAUCUUGUUCACUGCCUACUUUGUAAUUCAGCCUUUUAGCUCAUUAGCACCCGAGCCAGUGCUUUCUGGAGCUCACACCUGGCGCUCACUCAUUCAUCACAUUCGGCUGGUGUCCUUGCCCAUUACCAAGAAGUAUAUGCCAGAGAAUAAGGGCGUUCCUCUGCAAGGAAGCGAGGAGGACAAACCCUUCCCAGACUUUGACCCCUGGUCAUCAUAUAAUUGUGAGCAGAACGAGUCAGAGCCCAUCCCUGCCAACUGCACUGGCUGUGCCCAGAUAUUACCCCUCAAGGUAACGCUCCCAGAAGACACUCCGAAGAAUUUUGAGAGACUCCGUCCUCUGGUGAUCAAGACAGGACAGCCUCUGUUGUCCGCAGAGGUUCAGAGUUUCUCAUGUCAGUACCCUGAAGUCACAGACGGCUUCACCGAGGGCUUUUUUACCAAGUGGUGGCGCUGCUUUCCUGAGAGGUGGUUCCCAUUUCCUUACCCAUGGAGAAGACCUCUAAACAGAUCACAGAUUUUACGGGAACUUUUCCCUGUUUUUACCCAACUUCCAUUUCCAAAAGACUCCUCCUUAAACAAAUGCUUCCUGAUCCAGCCGGGACCUGUGGUGGGUAGCAAGAUGCAUAAGGUGCAUGACCUGUUCACCCUUGGCAGCGGGGAAGCCAUGCUGCAGCUCAUCCCUCCCUUCCAGUGCCGAACACACUGUCAGUCCGUGGCCUUGCCGAUAGAGGCCGGAGAUAUUGGCUAUGCCGAUGCUGCCCACUGGAAGGUCUACAUCGUAGCCAGAGGGGUCCAGCCUUUGGUCAUCUGCGAUGGAACCACUCUCUCGGAGCUGUAGGAAACAACUGCUUGGAGACCUGAAACUCAGGCUGAAAGAGUGUGGGGCGGGGAAUAAAAACACUGAAACACUUGG